AUGGCAUCAAGUGAACAUGCUACGAGUUUCAAGACUCCGGCAUCAACUGAACAUUAUAUCAGUUUCAAGUCUCAAGCAUCAACUGAGCAUUAUAUCAGUUUCAAGACACCGGUAUCAACUGAACAUUCUAUCAGUUUCAAGUUUCCGACAUCAACUAAACAUGCUAUCAGUUUCAAGUCUCCGGCAUCAACUGAACAUGCUAUCAGAUUUUCGUCUCCGGCAUCAACUGAACAUGCUAUGAGUUUCAAGACUUCGGCAUCAACUGAACAUUCUAUCAGUUUUAAGUCUCCAGCAUCAACUGGACAUUCUAUCAGUUUCAAGUCUCCGGCAUCAACUGAACAUUCUGUCAGUUUCAACUGA